CAUUCAGUUCAAUAGAAUGUCGUGAUGAUCGCGACAAUCCUCAGUUUAGAAACAGAAUGCAAUAAUGAAUGAUCUAACUAAAUCAAAACGAUCAAGACAACUCACGUACAACAAACACCUCGUGAGAACCGUCAAACAAUAAAUAUACCUCGCAAAAAAUUAUUAUCAAAAAUGUGUUUAUCUAAUCGUGGUGAUGUGACAUAAUAAAUAUAUACAUAUAUGUAUAUAUAUAUGUGUAUAUAUAUGUAUAUGUAUAUAUAUAUAUAAAUAUAUUAAUAAAGUAGUGGACAGGUGUUGUUAAUAAUAUUUAAAUAAUUAAGUGUUAGCGGUGAUGGUGGUGGUGGCGGGUUAGCAUCUGACCAUCAAUUGGUGGUGAAAAUACACAACACUAACGGAUUAUUUUUUUCCUGACCCUGAUUGAUGUUAAAAUUGCAUUGUCCUCUGGUACAAAAAACCAUAACUCUUGUGUGUACAUAAAUAUAUAGUAGAUUAUUAUUCUUAUUAUUAUUAUUAUCAUUGGCAUCAUCAAGAUCAUCAUCAUCAGUAGGAGCAGCAUCAAGAUGUCGUCGGGUCACAGCAGCCGAAGUAGUCGAGCUGCCCACAUAAGUUCUAUACUUCAAAAACUCCAAGGACGAUUUACCGACGCAAUGACUCCACCAAAAUUAUCAACAGAUAAACGUAUGCUCGACAAAACAUGGAAACUUAUGGACAAAGUUGUUAAAUUGUGCCAGCAUCAACGAAUGAAUUUAAAAAAUUCACCACCAUUUAUCCUUGAUAUUCUGCCAGAUACCUAUCAACGGUUGAGAUUAAUUUACAGUAAAUAUGAAGAUCGUAUGUCUGUAUUACAUAGCAAUGAACAUUUUUGUGUAUUCAUAAAUAAUCUUAUGCGAAAGUGUAAACAAGCUAUUAAAUUAUUUAAAGAAGGCAAAGAAAAAAUGUUUGAUGAGACAUCACAUUAUCGUAGAAAUUUAACAAAACUAAGUCUCGUAUUCAGUCACAUGCUCUCUGAAUUGAAGGCCAUCUUCCCCAACGGCGUCUUCGCGGGUGAUCAGUUUCGCAUUACAAAGUCUGACGCCGCUGAAUUUUGGAGAGAGCGCUUCGGUAACAGUACUUUGGUUCCAUGGAAAAUAUUUAGACAUGAAUUAAAUCAAGUUCAUCCAAUAAGUUCUGGUCUUCAAGCAAUGGCAUUGAAAUCAACAAUUGACCUCACCUGUAAUGAUUAUAUUUCAAACUUCGAAUUUGAUGUAUUUACAAGACUGUUUCAGCCAUGGUCUACGUUGCUACGUAAUUGGAAAAUACUGGCAGUUACGCAUCCUGGCUACGUAGCAUUUUUAACUUACGAUGAAGUUAAAGCACGUUUACAAAAAUAUUGCAUCACUAAACCAGGAAGCUAUGUCUUCCGAUUAAGUUGUACAAGAUUAGGACAAUGGGCUAUUGGUUACGUUACAUCUGAUGGUGAUAUUCUUCAAACAAUACCCCACAAUAAAAGUCUGUGCCAGGCAUUACUGGAUGGCUAUCGGGAAGGCUUCUACUUGUAUCCAGAUGGACGACAUGUAAACCCAGACUUAACGUGGGCUGUCCAACCUACUCCAGAAGAACACAUUAAAGUAACGGCUGAGCAAUAUGAACUUUAUUGUGAAAUGGGCAGUACAUUCCAAUUAUGUAAAAUUUGUGCUGAACACGACAAAGAUGUUAGGAUAGAACCUUGUGGUCAUCUUCUCUGUACACCGUGUUUAACAUCUUGGCAGGUAGAUUCAGAAGGUCAAGGGUGUCCUUUCUGUCGUGCGGAAAUAAAAGGAACAGAACAAAUAGUUGUUGAUCCUUUUGACCCACGAAGAACACAUCGACCUGGCGCUCAAUCAGCAUCAGUCAGCAAUGCAUCUACUCCUACGCGGGAUCUUGACCCUGACACCGAGGAUAUUAUAGAACUUUGCAAUGGGAAUUGUAGUGGUUUAAUAUGUGACGAUUCUGAUGAAGAAGACGAUUCAAGCCCGGCUAGUUCACCAGUACCACCACGAAGAAUAGUACCAAGUCCUCCUCUACCUCCUCGAAGACCGUCACCCUCACCAACUCCAAAUAAUCAUCCGCGAAAUAGUAGUCGUCAUUUAACAGUACCUAAAGAAAAUGCACCACCACCACCUACUGUUACUGUUAUUCUUUCAUCAAGUGAAAAUCAUCAAAAUAAUAAAGCAACGACAGAAGCAAGGUAUGACAUGCUACACAGAGCAUCAUCACCAUCACCAAUACCACCAGCAGUUGUACGACCUCAUGUUAGAUUAUCUCACAUCAGACCACCGGCAUUACCUGAAAAAGCUGGACAACGACAUUUAUUAUAUCAAUCACAAUCACAAUCAACAACCACUGUGCCUCCAGUACCACCACCGUUAUCAGCACCACGACCACCUAAAACUACAAAUAAAGAUACAACUCCUAAACAAGAUCAUCAUUAUGAAAAUACAAUAUUAAUACAUGGAACUAGAGAACAUGUUGUUAAAAAUAUAAAUUUAGAAAUGAACCGUGCUAAAUUCACGGCAUUAAUGAAAAGUAGAGAAGAACCCGGUGGAUCAUCAAUAAAACCUACCGAAGGUGCUGCUUAUGAAAAUGUCAACGUUGAACAUAUUUCAAGGCUUACUGCCCUAGGGUUUGCACAGGAUGCUGUUAUAAGAGCCCUGGGAAUAAGUAGAAAUGAUUUAGAAAUGGCUUGCGAUAUUCUCAAUGAAUUUGCGACUAAAUCUUCUUGACCAGGUACAAAGACUGAUGGUUUAUGACCACCAGUACCUCCCCGUCGUUAUCUUUAAUGGGGAAUCUCUAAAACAAUAUUUUGAAGAUAAAUAACAAAAUCAUUACUAACACCAGCUGCACAAAAUCUAUAAAUUACUGAAAAAAUAAAACAAAUAUAUUUAUGAUAAAAAUUAAUAGUUGGCCACUGAUUCUUAAAAUAACACAAGUUAUCCGUAAAACAAUUCUUCAAACUAAUCAAAAUUACUUGUCCUUUUUUUUACACAGCAUAUAAUAGCUAAUAAUAGUUAUCCUGUCAUUAAAUCACGUACUUUUUUAAAUAAAUAAUAAAUGUACCGAAAAAAAUUUUUAUACACUGACAGGAUUAGAAAAAAAGUAAUAAUAGAUAAAACUUAAAGUAAUUAAAACUAUUUUAAUUAAUGGUACUUUAUGUUUGUAUUUAUAAUAGAAUAGACAACA